AUGUCUGCAUUAACACAAUUUUAUUAUAGAGCUCCAAAAUCUGUUGGUAUAAUACAAGGUACACCAAGUUAUGAAGGUAUUGAUAUUAAUCAACAAGUUACAGAUGAUGUUCGAGUUACUCAAUAUUCUUCAAAUGGUAAAUAUUUUGCAUUUACACAAUCAACUUUUGUUACAAUUAUAAAUCCAGAUGAUGGUUCUAUUGUUAAUAAAAUUGAAUUAAAAGAUGUUUUUGAUUUACAAUUUUCUCCUCAAGGUUCAUAUUUAUGUACUUGGGAAAAACCAUUAAAACAAGAUGAUGGUAAUUAUCAUAAUAAUGUUAAGAUUUUUACAUCAAUUGAUGGUCAAUUAUUUGGUGAAUAUAGUGCAAGAGAUCAAAGUAAUUGGAAACCAGAUUUUACACCAGAUGAAAAUUUAAUUGCAAGACAAUUUAAAAAUGAAAUUAAAUUUUAUGAAGUUAAUUCAAAAUUAAAUUUUAAUAAAGCAUGGUCAUCAUUAAAAAUUGAAAAUUUACAAAAUUUUAAAUUGUCUCCUGGUAAAAAUCCAAAAAUUGCAGUAUUUAAACCUGAAAAAUCUGGUAAACCUGCAAUUGUUAGUGUUUAUAAUAUUACACAAGCAAUGACUCAACCAGUUUCUUCCAAGACUUUUUUCAAAGCUGAAAGAUGUACAUUAAGAUGGAAUAAUAUUGGUACUGCAUUAUUAGCAUUAGCUUCAACAGAUGUUGAUGCAUCAAAUAAAUCAUAUUAUGGUGAAACUACAUUAUAUUUAUUAGGUAUUGCAGGUUCUUAUGAUUCAAGAAUUCAUUUAGAUAAAGAAGGUCCAAUUCAUGAUAUUACUUGGUCACCAUCUGCAAGAGAAUUUGGUGUUGUUUAUGGUUAUAUGCCUGCCAAAACCACAUUUUUCGAUGCAAGAGGUAAUACUAUAUAUUCAUUACCACCUGCUCCAAAAAACACUAUAUUAUUUUCUCCACAUGCAAGAUUUGUAUUAGUUGCAGGUUUUGGUAAUUUACAAGGUACAGUUGAUGUUUAUGAUCGUUUACAAAAAUUUUCAAAAAUUUCAUCAUUUUCUGCAUCAAAUACUUCAGUAUGUCAAUGGUCACCAGAUGGUCGUUAUAUUUUAACUGCAACAACAUCACCAAGAUUAAGAGUUGAUAAUGGAGUUAAAGUUUGGUAUGCAACAGGGAAAUUAAUUUUUAAUAAAGAUUUUAAAGAAUUAUUUGCAGUUGAUUGGAGACCACGUCCCCUUGAAACUUUCCCACCUUUAAAAAAAUUAGAUGAUAAUCCAUCACAACAUUCAAGUGUAUUAGAAAUUGAACAAAAAAAUCCAAAACCAAUUAGUGGAGAUUCAACAAAACCAAAAGGUGCAUAUAGACCACCACAUCAAAGAAAUGGUAAUUCAUCCUCAACUCCACAAUCAUUAUAUCAAAAAGAAAUAAGUUCUAAUUUAUCUGGUACUAGUUAUCAACCACCAACAAGAACAAAAUUAAUUCCAGGUGCACCAAAACCUGUUGAAAAAGAAUCAAAAUCAGCAGCUAAAAAUCGUAAAAAAAGAGAAAAUAAACAAAAAGAAAAUAGUCAAGAAUCUACACCAACUUUACAAACACCUCCACCAAGUCAACCACAACAACCUCAACAUCAAGAAUCAUUAAUAGUUGGAGGGACACAAAGUCUUGAAGAAAAGAAAAUUAGAGGUUUAUUAAAAAAAUUAAGAGCUAUUGAAGCAUUAAAAAUGAAACAAGCUCAAGGUGAAACUUUAGAAGAUACUCAAGUUUUAAAAAUUCAAACUGAAGAUAAAAUUAGAUCAGAAUUAAGUUCAUUAGGUUGGAAUGAAUAA